UCAAGAAAUCUCCGCUGAGUGUUACCAUGCAGAUAUAGGAAAGGAAAUUAGAAUAAAUACGCAAAAUAAAUGGCGAAUUGGAAAACUACACAUCAUAGUCGCAACAACCACCUUUGGAAUGGGGAUUGAUAAGCCUAAUGUAAGAUAUGUGAUUCACUAUUCAUUGCCAGGAUCUCUUGAGGGAUAUUAUCAGGAAACAGGGAGAUUGGGAAGAAAUGGGAAUAAUGCUACAUGA